CGGAAUGAACCAAAAAAUCGAUUUUUUAAUAGAAACCCAAGUACAAAAAUCCCAUCUUUAUUCCUACUAGCAACACAGGCAUGAAAAAAACCGAGCUUUAAAUUGAAGGACCUUGCACUCCAACUGUUCGACCUAUUUCCUCUGAGAAAAACCCCAAGAAUGUAUAGACUGCAAAAGCCAUUUGCGAUGAACAAAACGAGGGAAUCCAGCAUUUCAUCAUGCUACACAAGGAUUCAAAUCAUGCACAAAACAACUGCAGGUAGAAAGCCAAAGAAGAAGAUAUACCACAGAGUGCAAGAACUGGACAGGGUCAUGGAUCUUCACAAGAAGCCCUCUGUAAUCCUUCAGCUCAAAUCCAUCAUUCAAUCCCAGAAAACAACCUCCCUUCUGCUCAGAGACCUCGAGAAAGAAGUUGGCUUCGUGCAUAAAUGGACUUACAUGGCCGUGAUCGAGAGAUACCCCACCGUUUUUCGUGUAUUCGGUGGUCAGGGGUCGCCUCCCGCGGUCACAUUGACUGAAAAAGCUAAAAAGAUUGCGUUUUUAGAGUCGGAGGCGAGGGCGGAGAUGGAGCCCAUUUUGGUCAGGAAUUUGAGGAAGCUGUUGAUGCUUUCAGUUGAUUGUAAACUCCCUUUAAAAACCAUUGAUUUGAUCUCUGAUGAGUUGGGAUUGCCUCAUGAUUUCAAGAACUGUGUGAUUCUGAAAUACCCCGAGUUUUUCAGAUUGGAUGAGAUGAACGGGAGGGAGUUUCUGCAUUUGGAGAAUUGGGAUUCUUCGCUAGCAGUAACUGCUCGCGAGGAGAGGCUGUUGCCUCAAGAACUCGUCCUCAAUACGAGACGCGUUAGGAUAUCCAAAGAUGGGAACCUUCCGGGGCCCUUUGCGUUCCAAUUGAGGUUUCCUGCUGGUUUUAGGCCGAAUGUGAGUUAUCUCGAGGAGGUUGAGAGGUGGCAGAAGUUGGAAUUCCCUUCUCCUUACUUGAACGCGAGGAGGUUUGAAGUGUCCGACCCAAAGUCUCGAAAGAGAGCUGUGGCAGUGCUUCAUGAGCUCUUGAGUUUAACCAUGGAGAAGAGAUUGACUUCUGCUCAGCUGGACGCCUUCCACUCAGAAUGCCGGCUGCCUUCUCGGCUCCUGCUCUGCUUGAUCAAGCAUCACGGCGUGUUUUAUGUUACUAACAAAGGUGUGAAGAGCACUGUGAUUCUCAAGGAGGCUUAUGAUGGGACAACAUUGGUUCAUAAGUGUCCUUUGAUUGAGUAUAGAGAUAAAUUCAUGGCUCUUAUCGGGAGGAACGAGUGCAGUUCGUGCAACGAGGCUAAAAUUCUUGAAAAGCAAUGAUCAGCAAAGAGAUUUGGUGGAGUAAGGGAAGAGGAAGGUGGGUCGAUCCCAAGCAUAAGUGAAUCUGACAUUCGCUCGAGGAAGAAUAGGGCGCCCUCGAUUUAUUAAGCAGUAGUCGCCUUUCGUCUGGAAAAUCGACCGAUCAACAGGCUUAACUGUCUGAAAGCCACGGCAAAUUACUACUAUGUUCGCCUGGGAGCAGUUGCAGUUGUUGACAACUUGCACGUCCCACUCCGGCAACCCUCUAUUCAUCCUCCCGUUCCUCACUGUCCCGACCACAAUGUCGUUCGGUCCGCAUUUACCGAAUGCUGCAGUAACAGAGAUCAUAUUAGCAUUUUUAUGAUGAAAAUAGAACUAACCUUGAAUUUGUGAAACCAUAGUUUUGUCACUUUUGGUUCUGGUUUUUAUACUCUUUGUGUUUGGAUGAGUUUCAUUUACCUGUUGAGAUGAAACACAAAAUAGAAAACACUUCAAUUGCAAGCCUCAUUGAUGUCAACAUUGUGAAGAAGCUGUGAUCAACAAAGAGGCUUGGUGGAGAAGGGGAAGAGGAAGAAGGGUGGAUCCCAAGCAUAGGAGAAUUUGACAUCAGCCCGCGGAAGAAGAGGGCGGCCUCCAUUCACGGAGCAGUGGUCGCCAUUCCUCUGGAAAAUCGAGGGAUCAACAGGCUUAACUGUCUGAAAGCCACUGCAAGUUAGUACGAUGUUCGACUGUGAGCAGUUACAGUUGUUGACAACUUGCACGUUCCACUCCGGCUUCCCUCCUAUCUGCCUCCCGCUCCUCACUGUCCCGAUCACAAGCUCGUUCACUCCACAUUUACCAAAUGCUGCAGCAACAAACACGAACAUUUUAGUGAU